UGUGAGGGUAUAUAUGUUCUGUACAGAUGGCAUGUGGAUGUUAAUGCAUGAGAAAAAAAUAUAGGCUACAGCAAAUGUAUUAGCCUACACAGAUGUAAAAUGAACAGUUUCGUCUUUUUAACACAGUAUAUUGGAUUGUUGUCAUAUGCUGUCUCGUGUCCUCCAGCAACUUUCGCUUUUGUUAGCAUCGACUGAAAACCAGUCGAUCAGGUUGAACCGCGCAGUACAGAAGUCGACAGCUCACACUUUACGAAGCUCUCGCUUUUCGCUGGUGUUUGGAGAUUUUCCCACAGUCAUGUCAGAGGGACAGUCGGAUGAUGGAAUGGAAUGCCAGGAAUAUGGAAAUCCACAGCCCAUCAAUAUCUCAAGCAGUGCUGAUCAAGAUAUGGAGGAUGUAAGUCAGGGUUCUAAUGCUCAGCAGGCCAUAACUGUUCAGAUGGUGCAAAGCGGUCAGUUUUCUAAUGGUCAGGGUACCGGUGGACGUGUAGUCACUCAACAACCUCUCAGAACCAUUGGACAUGAUAAUAUGAUCUCACCUGCUCAGAUAAUACAAUCUAAUGAUCAGGACUUCAGUGCCGCAGGUGCGGAAAGUCUAGACUCUAGACAUCUUCCGGAUCACAUGAAGCAUCAAAACAUCACAUCGGGUCAAACAAACCAAUCAGACUCAGAGAAGAAUUUACCAUCAAGCCGUGUUGAAGGUCAAGACUCUAGAUCAUCUCUGGAUGAACAGAAGCAUCAGGAUAUCACAACAAACAAAUCAGACUCACAGCCAGAGGAGGACAUUUGUAAAAAUGGUGAUAUAAACACAACCCAAUCACAACCCUCAGCACCACUGGAUAUUGCCAACUUGAAAAUCAAAGUGGACUGGACAGAACCAUUUCCAGAUAAAUGGAGUAAAAAAUUACAGAUUGCCAUUCAGAGAUGGUUGUCCAAACUGGAAGGAGCACCAUCUGUCCACAGCAUUAAACUCAUGGAUGAUCAAUCAUUGGCACAGGUGCAGAUUACACCAUCAACGGCUCUAGAAACUUUAGAAAAUCAUGGGACUGUAUCUUUGAAUUUUAAACAUGAAAAUAAGGAUGCGACUGCGCAGAUUUUUCUGGAUGAAGCACAUUCUGUGACUGUAUCACAAAACACCUCCACGUCGGACAAGAACAGAAUUCCAUCAUCAAAGGUAUCAAGUUUACUUUUUUAAGGUUUUGAUUGCUUAGAGAACCAG